AUGACUGAACCAGGAAACCACCUACCCCUCUCCCCCUCCAAUAUCGCGAAAGCGCAUACCCUGAUAAAACCGUACAUUCACCAUACUCCACUCCUAACAAACACCACCCUCAACACAAUCGCGUCAACCCCGCAGGCGACAUCGGACCUUGAGGGCACAUCGUGGGAAGGCCAAUCGCCAGCUAACCCCAAAAUACGGUUUUACUUCAAAUGCGAGAAUCUGCAGAAAAUCGGCGCGUUUAAGGCGCGCGGUGCUUUCCAUGCGCUGCUGAGACUUAUUGAGGAGAAGGGCGAGGAGGAGGUAAGAAAAAGGGGGGUUGUUACGCAUAGCUCUGGAAACCAUGCCCAAGCUCUAGCCCUCGCCGGGAAAACAUUGAAUGUCCCCGCGUACAUCGUGAUGCCGUCUAUAAGCACACCGAGCAAAAUCGCAUCGACACAAUCCCUCGGCGCCAAAGUGGUUUUUAGUGGAAGCACAGAACCCGAACGCGAAGCUGUCAAGAAGGAGGUUCAAAAAGAGACCGGCGCUAUUUUCAUUCCCCCGUAUGACCACCCUGAUAUCAUGCUUGGUCAGGGUACAGUGGGGCUGGAAUUGGAGGGUCAAUAUGAAGCGUUGAAAGGGAAGGAUGAAGGGAAGAGCCUAGACGCUGUUUUCACGCCUAUAGGUGGUGGGGGGCUUAACGGCGGUGUUGCGACGUGGUUCUCGGUCCCGUCGAAAGAGGGACGACAGAAGACACUGGUGUUCGGCGCGGAGCCAUCGUUCGAAGGUGGGAAUGAUUGUCAAAGGGGUUUGGCGGCUGGCAAGCGUGUCGAAUUUGUGUCUACGAAAACCAUAGCAGACGGUUUACGAACUCCAGUUGGCCUGCAUAAUUGGGCUGUGAUUUCCGAUCCUUCGAAAGUUGCCGGUGUGUAUAGUGUCAGCGAUGACCAGAUCAAAAAGGCCAUGCGAUUGGUGCUAGAAAGGAUGAAAGUGGUUGUUGAGCCAAGUGCAGUUGUUGGAUUGGCGGUUUGCUUGUUCGAUGAAGAUUUUAGAAGAAAGGUCGAGGAGGAGGGUGGGCAAGAUGGCUGGGAUAUAGGGAUUGUGUUCAGCGGUGGCAACACAACCGUCGAAGCUAUCAGUGCUUUAUUCACCUCAAAGUAA